GCGAUUGGAAUAAGAUUGUGAAAAUGCUAAAGAUACUCAUCAACAACAUUGCUAUUAGUUACCCCGACAAUACAUUUUAUGUCUACUCAAUGAGCAUGCCAUUUAUAGCAACAUAUUAUUACAAGUUUGAGUAUACAUUCACAUGCCUGAAAACAAUGCGAAUGCUUUACAAGGAGUUACUAAAAUUUGCUUAUAAUCUAUGGAAAGUAAGAGAUCUAGUCAAAUCAAGCGUAUCAAACAUUAUAAGUUAUAUUGAUGGCAGAGAUAGUGAAGCAAGUGAUAUUUCGAUAGACCCAGUCAAACAAUCUCCAAAAAAAUCAAGGGCCGGAAAGUCAUAG